UUUGAACUUUUUCAUUAUUAUGGUGUUUCCAGAGUGCUAUGUUUACAUAUCUGUUGUGCUGCUGCAAGUAAGAAUUCAUGAUAUACGACAAUAAAACGCUCUUGACUUGACAAAUUGCCUUAAUUGAGACAUCUUUUGAGGUCAGAUAUUCUGAUUGAAUUAGCUCUAACAUUUAUUUUUCUUUUGGGUGGGGUGGGGGAGUAUUUUUGCACAUUGUAGAGUUGGAUUUUGCAAGAGAGGAGGGUGAUUUUCUUCCUGUGGUGAGGAGCAGCAUCGGAAGUGAGGCAUUGCCCCUUUAAAUGUUAAACGUGAGGCCGCUUGCAGCAGAGGCUUUGAGCUGGGGAUUUGACUGAUGCAAGGGCGCGAUUGUUGCUCGCCUGUCCCGGUGAUGUUGCAGGGAAUGCCCGAGAUCUGAUGCUCCUGGAGCGGCCGCAGCUGCCGUGAGAUGGACCUUCACAUCCUGGAGCACCGGCUCCGGGUCACCAGCCUCGGCAAAGCCGGCCUGGAGCGCUACACUCACGGCCUCAUCAAGCUGGUCUUCCUGCGGGACAAGACGAGGUGUAAGUUUUUCAGCCUGACGGAGAUGCCCGAUGAAUACACACUAGUAUUAGAUGAAGAGGGAUUUAAAGAGUUGCCUCAAACAGACUACCUGCAAGUGGGUGAAGCAAUCUGGUUGGCACUGAAUGUGGUCUCCAACGGUCAUUCGUCAACCAGCUCUCAGACCAUCGGAGUGACGAAGAUAGCAAAGUCCGUCAUCGCCCCCCUCGCCCAGCAUAACGUUUCUGUGUUUAUGUUGUCCACCUACCAGACUGACUUCAUAAUGGUUAGGGAGAGUGAUUUACCAGCAGUCAUUUGCACCCUGUCUGAAGAAUUUAAUAUUUACAAGGAGGAAAAUGGUGAAUCGAUCCCUGUGGACUGUAGCUCUGUCACAAACGGAUUUAUAAAACCCAAGAAUGUGACCAGUCCCACGGUUCACCCUGUGCUCAGUCCCAAGAACCAGUUCUGUGUGAUGAGCUUGGAUCCAGACACUCUUCCUACAAUUGCCACGAUUCUCAUGGAUGUCAUGUUCUAUUCUGCAAGUUUGAAAACUCGAUCAGCUGAUCAGGACCUGGAUCACAUUCGCUUCUUUUCUUUCUCUUUAAUUGAUGGCUACAUCUCCAUAGUGGUUGACACCCAGACACAGAAGCGGUUUCCCAGUAACCUGCUUCUCACAAGCGCUUCGAGUGAGUUAUGGAGGAUGGUCCGAAUCGGUGGUCAGCCUCUGGGAUUUGAUGAAUGCGGGAUUGUUGCACAGAUCUCUGAGGCUUUAGCGAGCGCUGACAUUUCCGCUUACUACAUCAGCACCUUCAAUUUUGACCAUGCCCUGGUGCCUGAAGAAGAUAUUGAUAAUGUCAUCACAAUGUUGCAGAAGCGACAGAAUGGCGACAGAUAGCAGGUGGCCAUCGGUUCGGUGCUUCCUGUGGCUUCAUCCAUCGAGUAGAUGCCUGAGAUCCGAAGACCAGGAAUUGUUCUCUCCGAGAAGUCUAAACAGAUUAAUAUGCCAAUAAUUUCCUGCAGUCUUUAGCAGUUCAGCCAUUUAUUUAGAAUAUGAUUAGCUAAUUUGUCUUCAGGUAAAUCUGUUUACUACUUCAAUGAUUGAAUUCCUGCGUGAGGUCCUGACAAAUUGUAAUUAUUGUUUUGCACUUCCAGCUUGAACGUGCACAAGGUCUUACUUUAGAAAGCUGAUGGAAUUGACCCACAUAUCACCACUGGGCAAUCUGAAUCAAUGACAAUAGGUAAAAAACUGUGCAGUGGAUGUAAGGUACAGGCUUAAAAUAGUUGUCACAUGCCCCUGACCCAGUGGUUUCUGCGGAAAGCUGGAGACAGGAGUAAUGAGGUUUGUAGGUUAACCCGAUCUUCUAUGUUAUAGCAUUAAUAUCUUUUUUUAAAGCCCCCUAGUAUGGCUUUAACGGAUGAUGUAGCAAACUUUCCAUGGAGGUUUUACUUAAUUGUAAACGCUUGUGAAGAAUUAUUGUUUUCACGCAGUUGUAUUGCUCCAGGAUGUGUGUUGUACGUAACUCUUUCGCCACGACUUCUGGUUUCUCUGGAAGCAGGAGUGUGGAGGUCAGAAAAAUUUCAUUUAAAAAUGGUCUCCUUAUAUUUGGAUCCACGAUUUUAUGUGGAGAGUGGACUGAAGCUUCAGUUGCGUUCAGCGCUGAAGUCUGAUGCAACUUUGUUAGGUUUUUAUAGGUUCAGGCGCGGGUGAAGUGCAUGGCCAUGUGGCUGUUAUCUAAAAUGCUGGACAGACUUCUGGCUACUAAAUGUAAACUGAUAUUUGGGAUUAAGUGUCAUUAAAAUAAUAAUUAAUUUACUAAAGAA